AUGCUUGCUCCAAUGGUGCGCGUUGGGAGCGUAGGAUUUCGCAUCUUUUGCGCCGCACAUGGGGCCGACGUCGUCUUUUCUGAAGAAGUUGUGGCAGCCAAGUUGGUGCGCUGCUGCCGAGAGGUUCGUGUGUGCGACGAGAGUGUCGGACCCAUGGUUGAAUUUGUCGCGUACGAGCCCUUCAAGCAGAAGUACAAGCGGAGUGUUGCGUUCUCCACGCCGCUGCGUUCGGCGGCUGACCGGGCGGGCGAAGGGGCGCCGGUGGUGCUACAGCUCGGUGUGUCGAGCCCUGAGAUGGGCGUUGCUGCUGCGCUGCAGUGCUGCGAAGACGUUGACGGCAUCGAUGUCAACAUGGGAUGCCCAAAGAAGUUUAGUGUGGCAAACGGCAUGGGCGCAGCUCUCAUGCGGGAUACGGCAAGAGCUGCAUCUAUCCUGGUGGCGAUUGAUGCGGCGGUGAACGCUCCUGAGAGGGUGGCGGUACGCGGUCGACGUGUGCCGGUGAGUUUCAAAACUCGACUACUGGAAACGGCGGAGACAACUGCGCAGAUGAUUCUCUCGGUAAUGGAGAAGGUGGGACCCAACCGCGUGCACGCCAUCACACUGCAUGCCCGCACCACCACUCAGACGUCAGAGACUCCACCGCUUUACGAUCGGGCGGCAGCGACGGUGAAGCUGUUGCGUGCCCAUCCACUGCUGGAGAGGAUGUGUUUCGUCCUGAAUGGGUCUGUGACAUGUCGGGCGGAUGGUGCAAUCAAAAUGACGAAGUUUGGCUUUGAUAGUGUGAUGAUUGCACGGCAUGCCAUGUGGGAUAUGUCUGUAUUUUCUCAUCAAGAACAGCCCGAAGGAUGUGUGGUUUCUAAUGAGGUCGGCGAGACUCCUCUGGCGUCUGCCUCGUGGUUGGAAUUGUACAGGGAUUUGUUGCGCUAUCAGGUAAAAUACCAGACGCCGUUUAUGUACGUCAAGUAUCAUCUCACACGAAGUAUACCUUGUAUCAGUGCAAUGAAGCAUCUGAUGACGGCAAUCCAGCAGGAGACGAGCUGCUACGAGGAUGUGGCGAAAGUCCUCGGGUUUCCCACAGAGGAGCAACUGGGAAUGCGGGAUGCGGCGCCUAUGGAGUUGGUUUCGUGCAUUCCGGAGGGAAGCUUCCACACGAAUGAUGUGUGCCAUGCUAACUGCGAUGCGACUAACACUGUGCAGGGGUGCAGUGAGGUAACGGCAGCUGCUCCAGUGCUGAAGAAAUCAAGAAAGGAAUGA